AUGUCAAGAAGUGACGACCGGGUUGUUAGCUUUGGACUUCCGAUCCUUACAAAUGUCAUUGUUUCAAUAAACAAAUCUAGGGAGAAUGCCAUCCACAACUUGGUAAUUACCCUUCAUGAAACACGGGGUGCCUUCUUAGACGGCACUCGGGGCUGUUAUUUUGAGUGUCGCUCGUUCAUGUAUGGGACUCUAACUAUGCAGAUGCAGUCCAGUAAUCUGCUUUCACCAAAUCCCAAGGCUCCCUUCUUGAAUUUGAAUUACAUGAUCUGGUGCAAACUGUCCAGCAAUUUCCACGAUUGCCCCGACGCAUCCUUCGCAUCAUUCUUCGCGAUACUGAAAGAUCCUCUCGAGGGCUUGGAUCUUCAAGAUUUCACGGGAUCAUCAUUGGAGAACCUUUCCCAUGGUGCCAUCUGCAUGCAUUAUUGA